ACCCCUCCAUCUAUGAAAAAUAAAUUCCCUAUAAAUUCAUAUAAAUUGACAAAUGAAAAUCCCCAAAAACCCAACCCAGAAACCGGCCAGCAAACAGCCCACAGGAAUUUGAUCAUACACGAUCAAUUCUACUCCUAAUUUAUUAUUGAUGGUGCUUACAUUUGUCUGCAUUCGGAAAUUGUGAAAUUGGAUUUAGAUAAGUAUAUCUGAAUUUUGCACAUAAAAUAAAGUUAUAUUGGGGCUAAGAGUUGGUCUGGUGAAGAGAAGAGUGAUAAAUUGUGCUUAUGAGUAAAAUGGGGACAAAUUCAUGGAGAAAGUAUGUUUCCCCUUGUUGGCGGCCCUCGGUGGAGAGCCGAGCAGUGAAUUGCAACACUAGAGGGGGCAAUCCUAGUGGUUGUGUGGACGGGUUGUGGUGGUACAAAGAUAUAGCUCAACAUAUACACGGGGAAUUUUCAAUGGCGGUUAUCCAAGCAAACAAUGUGUUGGAAGAUCAAUGCCAAGUAGAGUCGGGGCCGCUGAGCUCUAUGGAGGCUGGCCCUCGUGGGACAUUUGUUGGAAUCUACGACGGGCAUGCUGGCCCUGAAGCUUCCCGGUUUAUAAACAGCCAUCUAUUCAAAAAUAUUAAGAGAUUUACGUUAGAGAGUCAAGAAAUGUCUGCGGAUGUUAUAAAAAGUGCUUAUUUAGCAACGGAAGAUCAAUUUCUUUCUAUGGUAAAGAAGCAAUGGGAAAUCAAACCACAACUCGCGUCUGUGGGUUCGUGUUGUUUAGUAGGCAUAGUAUGCAACGGGAUGAUAUACACUGCAAAUGCUGGAGAUUCCAGGGUGGUGUUGGCAAGACUAGAAAAGUCUGGUAAAGAGGUCAAAGCCGUCCAAUUAUCAGACGAACACAACGCCAGUUUUGAAUCUGUUCGGGAGGAGUUGCACUCGUUGCACCCCGAAGAUCCGAACAUCGUUGUUUUGAAGCACAAUGUUUGGCGAGUGAAGGGUCUCAUUCAGAUUUCGAGAUCAAUAGGUGAUGCCUACUUGAAGAAAGCAGAAUUCAACAAACCGCCUUUGUUACCGAAGUUCAGAAUUUCAGACCCUAUCGAGAAGCCAAUCCUGUUGGCCGAGCCAUCGAUACAAGUUCAGAAACUUCAACACGAAGACCAGUUUCUUAUAUAUGCCUCGGAUGGUCUAUGGGAACACCUUAGCAAUCAAGAGGCAGUCGACCUUGUCAACCACUCUCCGCGCCAUGGUGUUGCCAAGAAGCUAGUAACAGCCGCCCUCCAGGAGGCUGCAUUGAAGAGAGAGGUGAGAUAUUCAGACCUGGAAAGGAUCGACAGGGGAGUGAGGAGACAUUUCCACGACGACAUCACUGUAAUAGUCGUCUUCCUUGACUCCCAUUUGAUCAGCCGUAGCUCGUUUCAGGGGCCGAUUCUCUCAAUAAAAGGAGGCGGGUAGCACCCGGAGAAGCCAACACAUAGACUAGAUUGGUAUAAACAUGUUUUGUUCUUGAUUAGUUUCAUCGAAACUGAAAAGGAAAAGGGGAGAUACUUGUUCAGAUGUACAGAGCUGCCUUUGGGCAUCUCACAACAGUUGAUAUAUGUUAAUGAUUAUGCCAGGAAGAUGCA